AUGGCAGCUGCAAAGCCCCAGGAGGCGGAUGGCGCCGCCGCAGACCCGGCCGCCCAGGCAAGCAACGAACCAUCCACCGCCCCCACCUCUGUCGACAAGAAGGCCGGCGAUGGCUCUGCAUCCGCCUCGGCAGCAGAAGCGACCACCGAUCCGGCCGCCAACGCCCAGGCAGAUAACCACCAGCAGCAGCAACGGCAAGGGCAGACUCCCAGCGGAGUCGACGGGGCCCCUACCGCCGCCGGCACAGAACCUGCUGCGCCAGAAGAGUCGACGCCCCUCACAUCUUCGCCGCAGAAGAAAAGCAGCAAGAGCAACAAGUCCAAGAAGGGUAGCAAGAGCAAGGGCAAGUCCAACAGCCCGAAGAGCGGCCGCAGCAACGGCGGCAGCGGCGGCAGCAGCGGGAGCAGCGAGGAGCGGGAGCCUACAUCCGCGCACGAAGAGGCAGAGGAGGGCGAGAUCGAAGACGACAAGCCAGCCCCUCGGACCGGCGGGCAACAAGAAGGAGCAACCGCGACCGCGCCGUCCACUUCCAAAAAGAGGGAAGCAUCCGCCUCGUCGGAAGGCAGCGGCUCCGGCUCCGGAUCCGGAUCCGGGACCAAGCGGCCAAGGUCCUCUUCGACCAACAAGGAGCUGGCCCAGCUCGGCCUCGGCUCGUUUGGCGAUGCGACAGAGGAGGUCUCUGGCCCGCGCAGGACCCGCAGAGCGCCCAACGGCUCGCCCGACCCAAAGCCCAGGCGUGACAAGAGCGCCGGCGGGGAAGACGAAAUCGCUGCCAGGGCCAAGCCGGCGGCAGCAUCAGCGGCGGAGGCGGCUGAACAGGUGCCCAAGCUCGAGGAGAUCGAGACGAGCGUGUCAGAGACCAGGGUCGACGACGUCGCGCAGAUCCAGGAUGUGGCCAUGGGGGAGGCCGGCUAUGCCGACGCCGCUGCUGCCGACGGCGAGGGCGAGCUCGACCCCGAAGGCGGCGACGAAGGCGUCACCCGCUGCGUCUGCGGCAGCGCCGACGAAAACGUCGGCCUGAUGAUCCAGUGCGAGACGUGCAAGUGCUGGCAGCACUGCGUCUGCAUGGGCAUGCAGUUCGAGGAAGACUGCCCAGACGUCUACUUCUGCGAGCAGUGCAAGCCCGAGCUGCACAUCCCGCUGCUGCGGUCCUUUAGCCUGCUGCCCCAGCCGCGCGGCGGCAAAAAGGGCAGCAAACAGAGCUCCAAGUACAGCGCCCGCGAGCUGCAUCAGGCCAAGGAGUCGAUUGCAGCGCUGGCCGAGGCCAACGCCCGCCGCAACCAGGCCGAGGCCAACCCGGGUUACGUGACGCCGACAUCGUCCCGCGACCGGCGGCAGGGCUCGCACAGCCGAGCCGACUCGGAGCACAAGCACCAGCAGCAGCGGGAGCAGCAGCAACAGCAGACGCCCAAGUCGCCCAAGCGGCGCAGCACCAUGAACAGCCGAGACUCGGCCUACGGCGGCUGGGAGCCGAUCCCGCCGGGCCUGCUCAACGACAACGAGUCGUGGGAGUCGAGCGAGGCCCAGAGCGCGGCGCUGCAGGACGACAAGCGCGGCCUCAAGAAGCGGAAGCGCGGUGGCACCGACGACGCCGACGACAAGGACAGCGCCUUGACGCCCGACCCGUCCGACGAGGCCUCCAACUCGACGUCGGAGCUCGUCAAGCGAAGGCGGAUGAGCGCUGGCAACCACGUGGCGGGCAACGGCGACGACCAGGAGACGGCAGCAGCCGACUCGAAUGGCGACCGGGACCGCGAGGCGCAUGGCAGCGGGGGCGGCUCGUCUAGAGACAAGGGCACCGGCAGCAGCAGCAGCAGCAGCAAAAAGAAAAAGGGCGGCAGCGGCUCGGCGCGCGACAAUGCGUCCUCAUCAGCUGCCGCCGCGGGUGGUGCUGCCGCCGGCACCGACGUCAAGCCGCGACACCCAAACCAGUACACGUACCGCAACAAGGACCGCAACGCCUCUGCAAAUGGUGCCGGCAUGGGCAAGGGUGGUUCAACCUCGGCAUCGAACCUGACGUCGCACUCUCCGAGCCCGAGUCCGAGCAAGAGCCGGGCCGAGGCGGCGCGCCGCUCAGCCAGGGACCUCGGAGGGAGCGGGACGAGCCGCACGGGCACACCCGCUCCGGGCGACGGGAGCGGCGGCGGUGGCAGUGGAAGCGGCUCGAGAACCUACAACCCGGGCGCGCCCUGGGGUCUGCCAGACCACCUCGCCCACCUCGCCUACCUGCUGCCCAUCUCGCUUUCUAAAGCGCAAAACGGGCAGGCGAGCGGGUCCAAGGCCGUCACGCCGUCUUCUAGUGCCCGCCGAACGGCCGCCGCCAACGCCGCCGCCGCAGCUGCUGCUGCCGCUGCUGCAGCCAGCUCGGCGACUGUCUCUUCGCCUUCGGCUUCCAACCCCAUACCUGGCGCGUCCUCUUCGUCUUCGUCUUCGUCGUCGUCGUCGUCGCCGCACCCGUACAGCGUGGUGUCGGCGAUCGAGUCGACCACCAAGGUGCGCUUCCCGGGCCGGAGGAUGACGCUGGCCGAGAUGCGCAAGCGGGUGCGCAACAUCGGAGAGUACGUCACGCGCAGCCAGAUCGAGGCCGUGGAUCGCGAGAAGCGGAUGCGGCUCUUGGGCAUCGUGCCCGACUACCUCGAUGACGAGGACGGUGCGGACGACGAGGCGGGGCAGGGAGAGGACGACGAGCAGCAAGCCAUAGCGGAUCGGGCGGCGACACCUGCCAAAGCAGCCCCGAACGGGGCAGCAGGCGAAGGCAGUCAGGACGCGGCGGGCAAGGCCGCGACGCCGCGAGCCAUGUCCGAGUCGGUCGAGACGCCGCCCAUGACGCCGCGCCACAAUGAGGGUAGCGGCGAGGGCUCUGGCUCCGGCUCCGGCUCCGGCAGCGGUGGCGGCAGCGGCACCUCUAGCGGCCACCAGCGGGGACACACGCCAGCCUCUGGCGUCGCCAGCGCGGGCAAGCCCGGCAAGGCGCUGUUCGAUGCGCUGCCGCUCAGCAUGAGGCUGAUGGACGAGCUGACGCGGGAGCUGAUCCACUUCCAGCGCAAGUUUGGCACGGGGCCGGGCGCCUAUGGCUCGUUUGGCGGUAACGGCGGCAGCGAAGGGAGAGGCGGCAACGGCGACCGGGUGGCUGCGUGA